AUGCUGUUACAAGGGCGUCCCAUUUCAUCGGAGGCAGCCGAUAUGGUCACGAAUGGAGUGAGGCCAGCCAAGGUCGAAGAGCAAAUUCAAGGUCAGCCACCGGGCGAUAAUUGUCAAUAUGCUCCCAAAAUUGGACGAAGGAGACCGGGCCUCUGUGAGCCUGUGCGGCAAGGGGACUGGGACGAACUGACCUCGAUUGCUCUCUCGUGGCCGGAUUCUGGGGAGUACAGCGGCCAGGAAAGCCGGGAGAGCCCUGAGUUUGACCCUUUUGCCUGGGCGUGGGAUAUGUUCCAAACCAUGGACGUGGAACAGAAGCGCUCACCGCAAUCUGGUGUAGUGUUUAAAGCUCUCAACGUGUCGGGGUCCGCCACUGCAGCGAAAGCACAGACGACUGUAGGAUCUGCCCUGAUAGCACCACGGUGGAUCCGGGGCCUCUUCCCCCGGAGCGGCUCACAGACGCGGAAGCAUAUCUUGCAUGAUCUGGAUGGUGUCUUGGGAGGGGGGGAGUUGUUGCUGGUGCUUGGUCGACCGGGGAGCGGGCGCUCAACAUUCUUGAAGGCCAUCUGCAGUGAGCUACAGGGUCUAGAGCUACAGCCACAUUCGGUGAUUUAUUACAACGGAAUCGCCUCGGACAAAUUGGGAAACAAGCGCCGCGGGGUGGCUCUUUAUAAUCAUGUGGUGGAAAAUCAUAUACCAGAGCUGACGGUUCGCCAAACGUUGGAGUUUGCAGCCGCUGCAAAGACGCCGCCGACUGUGACAGGCGUGAGCCGGGCUGAUCACAUCCGGCGGGUUAUCCAGGUCGCCAUAGCUGCCUUUGGCCUUUCUUCCACUAGUGAUACUCUUGUCGGAGCCUACAAUGACCAGACCAUCUCCAGUGGCGAGAGGAAAAGAGUCAGCAUCGCCGAAAUGGCGCUCUCUCGAGCCCCUAUUCUAGCCUGGAAUCAGAGUACCCGUGGGUUGGAUGCAGUGGCGGCGCUGGAGCUUGUGAGAGCGUUGCGUAUUUCGGCUAAUCUCACAAAAAGCUGCCAUAUCGUGACCACGGACCAGGCAUCCCAGGCCAUCUACAACGUCUUCAACAAGGUGAUGGUACUGUACGAAGGUCGCCAGGUGUACUACGGCCGUUGUGAUCGGGCAAAGGACUAUUUUAUUCAGAUGGGAUGGCACGCCCCGCCCCGGCAGACCACCGCCGAUUUCCUGACGGCUGUCACCAAUCCUUGCAUCCGUGAGCCCCGGAAAGGUAUGGAGGCUGUGGUGCCUCGUACGGCACAGGAAUUCGAGGAGUAUUGGAAACGAAGUCCAGAAUAUGGCUACCUCCAGCAAUCAAUACGCCAGUAUGAAGAAUUCGAAACUCAUGAACAGAUGGAAUCAAAUGGUCAGGAGGGAACGCUGCAACGGAGAGAACCCUACAUGAUCAACCUGGCAAUGCAGAUUUGGCUCUGUGUACGGCGAGCAUGUCAAAGGAUUUCGAAUCACAAGGCUCCAUUACUUACCAUUGCCGUCGGUCGCAUAGUGAUGGCUCUCAUCAUCGGGUCAGUGUAUUACGGGACCCCGGAUGCCACAGCUGGCUUCCAGGGCCGAGGUGCAAUUCUUUUCUUUGCCGUUGCGUGCGAUAAACGCUUUAAUGAAUACAACGGAGAUUACAGCUUACUACAACGUACGGCCCACGACACAAAAGCAAGCUUCAUAUGCCUUUUGUUUUAUGUCUACGAAGCACUCGUUGCCAACGAGUUCCAUGGGCGGCAAUUUGCGUGUUCACAAUUUAUCCCGUCGUAUCCAAACCUCACCGGCGAUACAUUCGUCUGCUCUAUGAGUGGAGCGCAGGCCGGCCACACUACGGUAUCGGGUGAUGACUAUAUCCUAGCGCAAUACAACAGCACGUACAAGCACAUUUGGCGCAACUUGGGAAUUCUAAUCGGGUUCUUUGUGUCUUUCUUUGGAGCCUACCUUGUUGCCACGGAAUUGAACCCCGUCCCGUUGACCACGCCUAAUGUUCGCAUUUUUCGACGUGGCCAUACCCCUGUCUACAACGAAAGCGCCGAGGAUGAGACAAACCACUGGCUGGCUGCACUCCAACAGCAGGGAAGGGGCCAUCAGGAAUGCCAGAACCAAAAGGAUGAGCAUAUAUGUAACAGGGCGAGGGAUAUUAUAACUUGGCAAAACAUAUGUUACGACGCCUCUAGAAGGACCACUGGGCACCGGCUUCUAGAUGGGAUCUCCGGCUGGGCAAGAGAGGGCACUCUGACGGCUCUCAUGGGCGUCUCUGGGGCAGGCAAAACGACACUAUUGAAAAUUCUUACACAACAGGUCUCGACUGGUAUUGUCAGUGGCGAUAUCCGGAUUGGUGGCCGGCCUGUAUCGGAGAGUGUUCGUCGUGACGUUGGGUAUGUCCAGUAUCAGAAUGUUCUUCUCCCCACAUCCACAGUGCGAGAAGCUCUGCGCUUUAGUGCCUGUCUCCGCCAACCAAGGUCCGUGUCCAAGGAAGAGAAGUUCAACUACGCUGAAGAGAUCAUCCAUCUGCUACAGCUGGAUGAUUUGGCGGAAGCUGUUGUUGGUAUCCCUGGAGCAGGCCUCAGCGAACAGCAAAGGAAGCUGGUCAGUUUGGGAGUGGAACUGGCGGCGCGGCCCAAAUUGCUGCUGGUUUUGGAUGAGCCAACAAAAGAACUCGACUCACAAGCCUCGUUAUCAUUCUAUAUCCUGCUCCGCAGGCUCGCGGACAGCGGGAUGGCUGUACUUUCGACCGUUAACCAGCCAACUGCAGCUGUUUUUGAACUAUUUGACAACCUGCUGUUGCUGGCGGAAGGAGGCAGAACGGUGUACUUUGGCGAGACUGGCAACCAGUCAUCUGCCGUUCUGGGUUAUUUUGAACGAAAUGGUGCCCCCAAAUGCGACAUGGCCGAUAAUCCGGCGGAGUAUGUCAUGGGGCUUACUAGCAAAGGCACUGCUACGAAAAAUUGGGCGGCAAUCUGGCGUCAAAGUACGGAAGCCGAAGACGUCGCAGAUACAAUCAACAAAAUAAAUAGUGGCACUGGCAAUGUGCGCAGUCCAGGCCCCAGUGAAGCAGUAGUUUCCUUUUGCCAGCAACUUAUCCAUGUGACACGUCGUACAUUCCAACAGUAUUGGCGUGAACCUGCAUACGUUUACGGGAAAUUGCUCACGGUUGUGGCGACCGCCCUUUUUAUUGGGUUCUCGUCGUUCAAACCUGCAAGAACGCUGCUUGGAUAUCAGUCUGUCUUGUACGGCACUCUAAAUCUGAUGGGUAUUCUGGUGACCUUAGUCCAACAAACAAUGCCCAAGUUUAUAUUCCAGCGCUCUCUCUAUGAGGCAAGGGAGCGCCCCUCUAAAGCCUACACCUGGCCUGCAUUUCUUUUCGCCAGUAUCUUUGCUGAGAUUCUGUACCAUGUAGUGAUCGCUGUCCUCGUCUGGGCCAGCUUCUACUUCCCAAUUUUUGGGCCGGGCCAGAGUUCCGAGCGACAGGGUCUAAUGCUACUAUAUCUGGUCCAGUUAUGCCUCUUUGCCUCAACGUUCGCUCAGUUCAUUAUCUCCGGUCUUCCCGACGCCGAUGUCAUGGGGACUACCUUUGUUUUCAUCUUCAUGGUGACCUUUAAUGGUGUACUGCAACCACCUGACGCACUACCCGGUUUUUGGAUUUUUAUGUAUCGUGUCUCCCCGUUGACAUAUCUGAUGUCUGGUAUUACAACGACGGGCCUCCACAGCCGUGAAGUACAUUGCUCUUCCAGUGAGGUAAACGUCUUCAACCCUUACCCCGGGAUGACGUGUGGCGAAUAUCUGGCAUCGUACCUGGAAACCGCACCGGGGAAGUUGUACAACCCUUCGGCGCUGGAUUCUUGUCAGUACUGCCCCCUGCAAAGUGCAGAUCAAAUCCUUGCGAUCAGUCAAUACUACUAUGCAGACAGAUGGCGUAACUGGGGUCUUGGAUGGGUGUACAUCUGUUGUAAUAUACUCGGCUCUGCGUUGUUCUAUUAUAUUUUCCGAGUGCAAGGCUACCACAUUCUUUCCGGCCUUCGCUCUGUCACUCAACGACGCGGGAAGCUGCCCGUGAAUCUUCCCGAAUAA